CGGGGCGGGCCCGGCGGACGGAGGCGGAGUUGGUCGGCGGGGCUCGGUGCGGCCCGGUGCCUCCGACGGCCGGGGAGGCCGCGCCCAGCCCCGCAGGCCUCCCCGGGGCGGGCGGGCCGCCAUGAAGCCGAGCGCAGAGGAGCCCGUGCUGCUGGCGGAGCUGAAGCCGGGCCGGCCCCAGCAGUACGACUGGAAGUCGAGCUGUGAGACGUGGAGCGUGGCCUUCUCGUCCGACGGCGCCUGGUUCGCCUGGUCGCAGGGACACUGCCUGGUCAAGCUGAUCCCGUGGCCGCUGCAGGAGGCUGAGCUCUGCAGGGCUUCAGAGCGCAAGAGCCACAAAGCAGAGAGCAAGCGGAGCCGAGUGGGAGCCAAGGAGAAGACUCUGGAAUGUGGGCAGAUCGUGUGGGGUUUGGCCUUCAGUGCAUGGCCGACAGCACGGCACCCCGAUGGGGCAGCAGGGCUGUGCUGCCAGGUGUUGGCCACCGGCCUCAACGAUGGGCAGAUCAAGGUGUGGGAGGUACAGACAGGACAUCUUCUCUUCAGCCUUCUGGGGCACCAGGAUGUUGUCAGGGACCUGAGCUUUGCUCCCAAUGGAAGCCUCAUCCUGGUGUCGGCAUCGCGGGACAGGACCCUGCGCGUCUGGGACCUCAACAGAGAUGGGCGGCAGGUGCAGGUGCUGACGGGCCACGUGCAGUGGGUCUAUUGCUGCUCCAUCUCCCCUGACUGCAGCAUGCUCUGCUCAGCUGCUGGAGAGAAGUCGGCACUGCUGUGGAGUAUGCGGUCCUACACGCUCAUCCGCAAGCUGGAGGGGCACCAGAGCAGUGUGGUGUCCUGUGACUUCUCACCAGACUCAGCGCUCCUUGUCACUGCCUCAUACGACACCUGUGUUAUCAUGUGGGACCCCUACACUGGGGAGCAGCUGAGGACUCUGCGCCAUGUCCCCUUGCACUCAGCACUGGAGUAUAGAGGUGAUGUCCACACCAGCUCCCUGCGGUCGGUCUGCUUCUCCCCAGAGGGCCUGUACCUGGCCACGGUGGCAGAUGACAGGCUCCUGAGGAUCUGGGCGCUGGAGCUGCGAUCUCCAGUGGCGUUUGCUCCCAUGACAAACGGUUUAUGCUGCAUGUACUUCCCUCACGGCGGCUUCAUUGCCACAGGGACCAGAGAUGGCCACGUCCAGUUCUGGACUGCUCCAAGAGUCCUCUCAUCACUCAAGCACUUGUGCCGCAAAGCCCUGCGCACCUUCCUGACCACGUACCAGGUCCUGGCGCUCCCCAUCCCCAGGAAGCUGAAGGAGUUCCUCACCUACCGGACCUUCUGAGGUAGCAGAGACACGGAGGUGAGGAGCCCCUCUGCCUUGUGCUAGGGCUGGCUGCCCCACAAAGCACCGCUGGCUUGUGAGCUGUGGGGCCGGACUGUUGUUUCCCCUCGUUUUGGGGCCGUCUGUGAACGUGGAGGUAUUUUCUUGUGUAAUAAUACUAGAACCCAGCAAAAAUGCUUGCAGAGUGCAAGGGGCACGGCACAACCUGGGGACGGCUCUGGUCCCCCUGUCCCCCUGCUGUCUGCAAGUUAUGGGUGAGGUGCUUUUGCUUCCAAGUGCAAUGUUGUGGGGUGAAGACCAGCAGCUGCAGUCUGAGCAGUGUUUGUCAGUACGGAUUUGAGGCCACAGCCAUCCCUGAUAACAGCACCCUGUGCCAGGAGCAGCCCAGACCUCAGUUCCUGGAGGGAUGUGGGCUCUGCUGUUCUCAGGGUCUGGGCUUGACAAACCUGAGUCAGUCUCUGCAGGCUGAAUGACAGCAACGACAGAAUAAAAGAUGAUUCCUCACACCUU